GUGUCACUUCUUUCACAAUGUUCGAUUACGAAUCUGAUGCCAACACUCUGUCCACUCUUUCCGAGAGUUUCAACAAUUCGGUCCUUGAAAAAAUACGCAGCAGAACACCGACAAUCACUUUUAUAAUUCAAGCAGAGCAAGACAUUUCAAGUCUCCGUAGCGCUUUUGCGUCUGGAAAAUUAGGCCCCUGCCUCGAGAGGCUCUCUACUGUCGAUAAAGAUAUCCACCCAGAUGCCGUCUUACAGGCCAUGCUCGCUCAUGCCGCUGGAGCCAGUGACGACGACAAACAAACGCCACGUCGCUAUGUCGCCUGCGCAAUAGCUACCGCUGGCCAGGAUAAUAACUUUGAACAGCUGAUAGAGCUAGCGAAUACUUGGGUCCGAUACCUCCUCUGGCCUUUCAAAGCGAAUAAAGGUGAUCUUAGGGAUCUGCAUUCUGCCUCGGAGAUUACACCGACUCUUACAGAGACCGAAACCCUCGAUUUCGAGGAUGGGCUCUCACGUCUUGAGUCGUUCAAAGAUGCGGUGAAAGGACGUGAUGGUUAUCGCUGUAUUGUAACAAGAAGUAUCGAUUGGGACGAAGUUCCCCUGGACUCAGAUGAAUGCUCCACUAAGGUUAAGGCAGCUCAUAUCUUCAAGAGAGCAGCUGCGGCCGGAAAGCGUACUACGAAAUCUUUCGCAGAGUACGCUACUUGGGGUAUUUUGCGCCACUUCAUUGCUUUGUCAGAGGAAGAAGUUGCAGAACUCGAUGCUAACAUUGACUAUGUCUACAACGGACUCACACUGGAAGAGAUUCUUCAUUCAGCAUUUGGCGAAUUCAUGUGCUCGUUAUGUCCGGAUCCUGAUCAUCCCAAUCGAUACCACUUUGAGUAUUUUACUAGAGGCCCUCUAUCUUCCGUGUCUAGGUGUGAUAUCAAAGCCAUCUCCUUUGAAGAAUGUCCCGCCGAGGUUCGACCAAGUCGGAAGCUCAUACAGUUCCACUACUCCCUUGCCAAGGUUUUACAUGCCAGCGGUGUGGGAAGGGUUAUCGAAUCGAUGUUAGAGCGGUUCCUCAAAGGGGGUAGCAAACAGGUGACUAUGAGUGCUGACGAUCUGGAGCUGUACUUGAGCACGGAGAGGAUGUCCCUCAUGUCUUUGUAACAGUGUAUAGAAUAUUAUAAUAUGUCUACUUGGGCGUCGAUCAGCCUGUGACCAUUAAAUGAAAAAAUUUGUUGAGGCUACAAAUUGAUAUAACACAGCUGUGCUAUAUACUCCGCAAAGUCGCGAGACUCGAGAGAAGUCCUCCGUACUCAAGUGCAGAUCAUCAGCACUCAGGGUAAACCAUUUGAUACCCCCUUCGAAGAAUCGCUUCGACAUAGAUUCAAUGACCUCUCCUGCGAGCACUACUGUGAUUCCAAGUACGACGCGUGUCGGAGAUAUUAUGACUCAUUGAUGCCAAGAGUUGCCCAAGAGAUGAUUGCGUUGUAGUCUUUUGUAGGCGCAUAGGUAUCAUCAUGGAACCAUCCUUCAGUCCUUCAGUACUAUUGUCCGAGUUCUUUCGAAGUUCGUGCAAUACCUAUUGGACUGGCCUGAG